AUGUGGCUUACCUCUCCUGGCAGAGUUCUGCUGAAGAAAAGCAAUCAACAGUCUAAGUUUGAUCCGCUUGUUGAGGAGGUGGAACUACUCCAGUGUAACCCCCAAUAUGCCCAUAUACGAUUCAGUAAUGGCAGAGAAGAAACGGUAUCUGUUCGACAGCUUGCUCCGAGCGGUGAAAAGGACGUUGGUGGUUGCCACCAGGAGACGGUCACGCCGGUACCAGAAAACCUCUCCCCACUUUCCCCUGACCACCCACCCAUUACCGAGCAAGAAAGUAGCACCGUCUCAACUGACGGACAGAAUGAUGCAACACCUGUUAGCCAUCCGAACGCUGACGAUGUCCGUAUGCAUAACCUUGAAACAUUAACCCAACAACAACAACGUGUUCACCCAUACUGUCUUCGUAACAGAGACGCCUGAACUUUGUCCCAUACAAACUUUUUCCUAUCGAUUUUUGACAUCUAGAUUCUUCCAUUUGUUGGCCGGGGCGAAUGUCAUGCUAACAUAAGCCCCAGGCUAAAUUCCACCUUACCUACUACUUUUCUAUUUCUCUUUUUAGUCCCAGUACGUCAAUUGUAAGAUGAAUAAAGCCCUGUUAUAGGGUAUUCUCGUUCUGACUCUUACAACCAUAUUAGUUCGUCCUCUCCAUCUCGUGUGCUUACUACGUUCCUAACUACUGCACGUCUGAAUCGCUGGGGCAAAGUAGUGAGAGUUGGGCGUAUGUUCCUGAUACUGAUAGGAUCCCUUGUAUUCACGACCAGACAGGAUCGGCAAAGAACGCCUUGUUUGAUUGGAUGUAGGCGGUUAGACCGAGUUCGUGAAUGAUGCGUGGUGCGUCCCUUCUAGUGUAGGUGCACGAAGGUUUGAUCCCUCCCACGGUGGAAGUCUCCACCUCCAUCUCUACUUCACAGUCGUAAGUGCACCUAAAAAUUCCCUCAGCAUCUGCAUGCUAAUAAUUGGAAAUAGCCCACUGUGCAAACCGAUAAUGUGCUCUCCGAUUUCACAUUACUUCUGUUGGACUACCAUCUUGUGGGACGUCUGAUAUAAAACACGUGACUUCUGGUAGUCUACCUCAGAAAUAGGAGGAAGUACGCCAAAGGGCGUCGUGGAUAAUCUGAAUACUAGCUAUACAACCGGCAAAGUACCAACAGAAAGACGACUAUAGUCGUCUUACUGUUGGUACUUAAGAUACCCUAGUAGCAAUAGAUAUCGAGUAGAUACACGUGAAUAACGAUUUACCGAGAUAUGCAUGUCUGUCACGUAAUUGGCCACCUCGCUUAAGCAAUCUGGCAUUUUAUUGGUUGCCGUUCUUUAGUCGUUUAUCUAUUGCGCGCACACGCGGGCGCGCCAUUAUUUCGCGUGAGCGGCGUGGAACGCGUGAGUUGACAGUCCUUGCACCUACUUGCCAUUAUUCAUUUACAUCUCUUGUUUGCUACUGUUCCAUGUUAAACAUGUUUAGGCAGGAAUCCCGGAGAACACGAUUACGUCGUAUUAAGAGGUAUGGAAACGAGGCUUUCCAGUAAGUGAUGGAAAAUAACGCCGUUAUACCUUUCAGGAGCCACUGGAGAACGCCGAUGACUUUCGAAACCAUCCCUUUGGGCGACCAGACAGACGACGGUAAUGUCACUUCUUUUUGGAUUUCUCCAAAAGUGCCAUCAGCUAGCGAUCAGAGGCGUAUAUUGUUUCUGAUAUGUAAGCAAAUGGCAACACUGCCGUCCACAAUCGAUGUCACAGAGAGCCACUGGAAAGUUAUUUCCAAAUACUGGACAAUAGCUUCCGAAACCAGUUGGUAUGCUACCCAAUUUAUAACUCCCCCUUGCGUUAGACCUCCUACCUCACAUGCCUUGGUGGGCACAAUGUUGACGACUUCGUGGAGCGAAGUCUUCACCUUCAGUCUGCCUUUACCAAGUGCCUGGAAAGGUCGCUGGACAGCUACGUCCUAAGAAAACAAAAGACGCAAGUUUAAUUGAGUGCCGUUUAUCACAACAAAUUCUGAAUUGUAGACAACAUCCCAGGAGCUUCUACUGA